CCUUCAGCACCGGUCAUUGGUCCGCUCGUCCACAGCCUCAGUCUGCUCCUGCUUGUCGGUCGGCUCACUCCCGGCUGAUUUCUCGCGGUCCUUCUGUGCUCUCGGCCGCCUUUCGAAAUGUCGUUGAAAGUCGUCAAAGUCGAGACCAAAGUGUACGAUGGCCAGAAGCCCGGUACCAGCGGCCUGCGGAAGGCUGUCAAGGUGUUCCAGCAGGUGCACUACACGGAGAACUUUGUCCAGUGCAUCCUGAGUGCCCUGGGGAAGGAUUGUGCCGGCAGCACCCUGGUCGUCGGGGGUGACGGUCGUUACUUUGGAAAGGACGCCGUUGACAAGAUCAUUAAGAUUGCAGCUGGCAACGGGGUGUCCAAAUUGUUGAUUGGUCAGAAUGGCAUCCUCUCCACUCCUGCAGUGUCAUGUUUGAUUCGCAAGUACAAAACUACCGGUGGUAUUGUUCUGACAGCUAGCCACAACCCUGGUGGCCCAGACAAUGACUUCGGAAUUAAAUUCAACUGUUCCAAUGGCGGCCCUGCUCCUGAUGCUGUCACUGAUGAAAUCUUCGCUCUUACCAAAAAAAUCACUACUUAUUCCACUGUUCCCGACCUGAAGUGUGCUAUUGAUAAAAUUGGUGUUCAAACAUUUGAGGUUGAGGGGAAAACUUUCACUGUAGAGAUCAUUGACUCAGUGUCUGAUUACCUUGAACUUAUGAAAGAAAUCUUUGAUUUUGGUGCUUUAAAGAAGCUACUUCAAGGAGGUUUCAAGGUUCUUAUUGACUCAAUGAAUGGAGUUACUGGUCCCUAUGUCCAAAGAAUAUUUGUUCAAGAAUUGGGUGCACCUGCUGAUAAUACAGUUCGCACAACACCCCUCGAAGAUUUUGGAGGCCACCACCCAGACCCCAAUCUCACUUACGCAGCUGAUCUCGUGAAAUCUGUUGCCAGUGGAACCUAUGACUUUGGUGCAGCCUUUGAUGGUGAUGGAGACAGGAACAUGAUCUUGGGUCGCAAAGCAUUCUUUGUUACUCCCUCAGAUUCUCUUGCUGUCCUAGCAGCCCAUUUGGAUUGCAUUCCCUAUUUCAAGAAGACUGGAGUGAAGGGCUACGCUCGUAGUAUGCCAACAGGAGCAGCAGUUGAUCGUGUGGCUGCAGCUACAAAGAAAGAAUUCUUUGAAGUUCCGACUGGUUGGAAAUAUUUUGGAAAUUUGAUGGAUGCUGGUCGUCUUUCUCUUUGUGGCGAGGAAAGUUUCGGUACAGGAUCUGAUCACAUCAGAGAAAAAGAUGGAAUCUGGGCAGCUUUGGCAUGGCUGUCAGUCAUUGCUCACACCGGCAAAUCAGUGGAAGAUACCUUAAUGGCACACUGGGCUGUCUAUGGCAGAAACUUUUUCACAAGGUAUGACUAUGAAAACUGUGCCGCUGAUCCCUGCAAUGAAAUGAUUAAGAAAUUAGAAGAACUAGUUGCUUCCCCCACAUUCCCAGGCACUAAAUACAGCAAUGGUGGGAAAACCUAUGUUGUGAAAGCUGGAGAUAACUAUUCCUACGUUGACCCAAUUGACAAAAGUGCUGCUUCCAAGCAGGGGAUUCGAGUCUUGUUUGAGGAUGGGUCUCGCCUCAUAUUCCGUCUUAGUGGAACUGGCAGCUCUGGUGCGACUGUCCGUAUGUAUGUGGAUAGCUAUGAGUCUGACAAAAGCAAACACUCUGCUGAUGCUCAGGAUAUUUUGAAGCCUUUGGUGGAGAUUGCUCUAGAAUUGUCGAAGCUUAAGGAGUUCACAGGUCGCCAGGAGCCUACAGUGAUCACCUAAACUGGUCUCAAAUAAUUCGCUCAUUCAUCGCCAAAUUAAUUUUUUAAAUGCAUAUUUGUGUUGUGAAUUUAAGGUUUUGUUCUUUUUGAGUAGUCAUGUGUCACUUAAUGAAAUCUAUGAAGUUUUAUCAAAUUUUUCUGCUCUCAAAAAGGCAACCAUUGUUCUUCCACAUUGAAAUCUAUACUGUUUAAGGCAACAAUUUUGUAAAAGUAGGUAAUGUAGGGAAUUCUAUUAAAUUUUUAAGUCAUAUCAGAUCAUCUUUAGAGUAGAGUCAUUUUGAAAACUAUGUAAAAUUUUAUUUUAAUAUUGUUAAUUUAGUUUAUCUUUUGCUGCAACCUUUUCUUCAGUAUAGGUAAACCUACAAAGCUAAUUUUCAGUCUUCCUGUCACAUUAUUAUUGGCUGAGCGAUUAGCGAAGCCUAUUACUCCAGUGAUGAUCAAAAAGUUUCGCGUCUGUCUGUCUGUGUGUGUGUGUGUCUGUUUGUCUGUCAUCACGAUAACUCGAAAACGAAUUGAGUUAGCGACCUGGGAUUUUCAGGGUCGUUUUGUGUCAUAAAAAGACAGAUCAAGUUCGAAGAAGAGCAUUCUAGCACAAAAAUUGAAUUUAAAAAAAAUCAAAAACCACAGGUCCUCAAAAUGACAUUUUUAAAAAUAUUUUUUUUAAUGUUUUCUAAGGGGUAACUCAUCAAAGUAGAGCCCUUCGGGCGAAAAUUUCGGCCGUUUGGCUCUAUCUCUAACCGUUAAGGCCCCAGAGGGAGUUUUCUUCACGAAAAUGACCGCAAAACAUUUCUAUGUUUUCUCUUACAUAUUUGUUGGUCUCCGGUAGGGUAACUCGUAAAAAUAAAACCCCGAAGAACAAAAUUUGUGACUUUUGGGGCCGAGUGCCUACUUACGACUUUGGCCCGACUCGGGUGUCAGCGCCGCAGGCCUAGGUAGAUGUAUGCCAGGCGCGUCGCAGCGUAACAGUGUUUCGUGAGAUAUCGCGAAGCCUGUUACGCGAGACGUGGUCUGGCGUACAUCUACCUAGUUUUUUAAUGCGAUUUUUAAUUCAUUAUUGUAUGAGAUAAUUUGGACGUGUGUAAACAGUUGCAAAAACCGUCACUCAUAUUCUGCUUUUAAGGUAUAAAAUUGCUCAAGUCUCUUAAAAUAUUGUGGUGUGAAAUUACUUUUCAUACUUCAGUGUCUAGUCAUAGAUUUCUAAUUUGCUGGUCUUUUUUUUCUUUUUAAAGUGUCUUGGGUUGUAGCCACCUGUUUUUGCUUUGUUCUAUUUUCAACUUUGUGAUUGUAAUAAAAUGUACAAGAAUUCAAGGUAAAACAUUGUUAAGUUAUACCUGUAACAUAUAUCCAUGUUUACUAAACGUUUUAUAUCUUACUACAGCCUGUCAUGGCACUCCAUCCAAACAGUGCCAUUAAUUAUGAUUUUAAGACAAAUAACACAAGAAGUACCUAAAUUCCAAAGAAUGUAAAAUUGUAUGCUCUGAAAGACAAUUAUGGAUAAGUAUAGAAAUAUCUGUCAAUACAACUUUUCUCUGUAAUUUUCCACAACCUUACUCAGUACAGAGCUUGCUUUGACAGUAAAUUUCAUGUUCCUAGCUCAUACCUAUUGCUUUAAAAGAAAGUGAUGCAGCUCUCCAGUACCUUUUGCUCACCUCUACCGAAUUUCACCUCGAAGACCACAAAAUUAUCAGAUGGUGGUAUUAUUUGUUUUAUUUGCUGUGUAAAUGAGUGCUUGAAAUGUUAAAUUGUAGGUGUAUAUUAAAUGUAUAUAUUUUAAAUUCCACCUUGCCAAAGACUUAUAAUUUUUAAGGGCGAGAGAAAGAUAUUGUUUGACAUUAGGUAGUUAGAGGAAAUGUGUCACAAACUUGAUGCUAAGCUGUCUAAAGCUUGUUAUAAUAGCAAUUUCAAGUGAGAAAGUGCAAGGAAGAGGUCCACUUCAAGGAAAUGAGGAAAUUACAUUGAUUGAAUGCGCCGAUCUCUAAAUUAUUGUGCCUUAUUUCUAUGUUCUUCUUCUGGUAUUUUUUAAACCAACCAAAAUGCAUGCAGUCAGCACCCAGAUUUAUUCUUGUUUCUCAAACAAUUCUGUUGUAUCAAAACUUAUAUCUGCCCAGAUCAGAUAAUUAUUUAUUUAAAAGAAAAAAUAAUGAUGUGUAAAUACUGUUUUGUAUUUUUAAUCCAGUUUGGACAAGAUGUAUUUGUUUUUGUAGUUUUUGUUAGAAAUUGUCAGGUUGAAAGCUUAGAAGUCAGUGAAGGUUUGUGAAUAACUGAAUAACUUGCAAAUCAUCCUUAUCUGCUUCCAAGCUGGACUGAUAAACUGCUUCAUAUCCCUCUGAUGACUACAUGUAAUUAGUUGCACCCAAAUUUUGCACUUUAGCAUAAUCAUCAGGGGGAGACAGAGCAGGAAGUAGGUGUAAAUAUCGGAGGAACUAGGGGACCUGAUUAAUUUUGUCUGAUCCUUUGUCUUGGGGGCUAGUAAGCCUCUUGGUUACUUGGGAAGACAGCCAGAGACCAGCAACGACUGCCUGAAUGCAUGCUAGACUAAGCACAGGAUAGCCAGUGUGCCUUCUGCACUAAUGCAUCCAAUGUGACUAGCUAGCACGCUAUGUAAAGUAGAGAGAAUAUUUUUAUAUAAAUAUGCAGAGUAUGAGUGGAAAUUUUUAUUUGGCUUAGCUUUCUGAUCGUUUAUUCCUCAUGCAUCAGAGAUAACAAAUAAUUGUGUAGGUGCAUAUUUCUUUUUAUUUGAAAAAGAGAGAACUUGGUAGCUAUUGAUUUGUGUUCGUGUGAUUAAGUUAAGUUCCAAAAAUUACCCUGAGAGCUGCAUACUAUUUUAGAGUAAACAAUCGGUAAAUUUAAAAAGCAAAUGAAAGCAAUGGGCUGCGAGUGGAUCUUGUCAAAGCAAGCAUAGGAAUAUGAAUCUUUUUUUUAAGAACAAGAAAUACUGUAAUUGGGCAAUUCAUGAGGCCUUAUGGCUUCUCACUUUCUAGUUACAUUGUAGUAUGAGAUAUUAAAAAAACAUAAUAUAACAAUAAUCUUGAA